AUGCGAAUGCUGCGUCGGACUUUUCGGGGACUUGCCAGUUCGACAGACGGCGGGAGUGUCGACAAGAAGACGUUUCUCAAGUGUUUUCCAAUGCGUGGACUCCUUGGCGAGCGGUUGGUUGACGUCAUGGACCAGAGCAGCUCCGGGUCCAUCGACUUGAACGAGUUUGUCUACGGCCUCGCGAUUCUCUUUCGUGGCUCACGGGAGGAAAAGCUCAAGUUCGUGUUCGACCUCUGCGACCUCAGCGAGACCCAGGCCAUCUCCCGGUGCGAGCUCAGGACGAUGCUGUACCAAUUCCCGGAUUCGGCGUUCCAGUUGAUCAAGCUGAAGACGAAUCGAGAAGACGCGAGGGACUCGCGAGAGAAAACGCCGACUUUACCCAAAGCUAUGCACACGAUUGAGGCGUUAGUUGACUCGGCUUUUCCUUCGCCAUGGCCACCCAGCACGCGACUCAGCUUCCAGCUAUUCUAUCACUGGUGCGAGAACACUCCGGGUGUCGCGAACUUCAUGGUGAGUGUCCUGCCUGUAGAAGACCACGCAGUCCGAAGUGCUGCAACGUGUUUCCAUCAGAUCGAUGCCGCAACACUUGCGACCUUAGCAGAUCGAUGGCCGUCACAGCCUCAACGUCUCUGUCUUGGUGAGCGCGCAAGACGUUGCACGAAGCAGAGCUCGUGUGCGAACCUGCAUGUCAAUCGGUUUGCUGCACAGGCAGACGCGAUCUCCUUUGCCCAUGGACACAACCGAGAGGAGCUGGAGAGGACUCGCACAGCACGACAGCGUAUGAAACACACUUGCGAUACCGACAGCGUGGCUUCGUAUGUUCAAGCAGCUCACGCUGGAGCAGAAGACUUGUGCUGGACAACCGGUCAGUUGUGGAAGCGGGGAUCACGUCUGCACAAGAUGAUCAGGCGCCACUACGCAUUGCGGGGCAAUUUCCUGUACUCCUACGCCUCUACGGACGACCGAGCACCUCGUGGCGUGACCUUCUUGAGUGAUUGCUACGUUGCAACGCAGCCACUGCAGAUCGAGGUCGUCGAGAAUGGAGUGCACUACUUUGGCAUUGACAUCGUCCCGGAGCCCGGGAGUGCACGUGCAAAGCGAACCGUGUUUGCACGCUCGCAAGAAGCGCAACGACGAUGGGCAACUGCGUUACGCCAAGCUACGGAAAAAGUCUCGAUCGAGGAGGUGUACAGCAUUGGCGCACAGCUAGGCUGCGGACGCUUUGCCAAGGUGUGCGAAGCCACCCACAACCUCACUGGCGUCAAGUCGGCCGUGAAGAUUAUCGACAAGAGCACGUUGAAAGGCCACGAACGGGAAUUGUUGCGGACGGAGAUCGCGAUCUUGAAACUCGUGCAUCACCCGAGGAUCAUCCGCUUGUCCGAUGUGUACGAAGACCGUCAGUUCAUCUUCAUUGUCAUGGAACUCGUGUCCGGUGGUGAGCUACUCGAUCGCAUCGUCCAACGUGCGAGAUAUACUGAAGCCGAAGCUCGUGUUGUCAUGCAUUCGCUGCUUGAAAGCGUGCAUUACUUGCACCAACUGGGCAUCGUACAUCGAGAUCUCAAGCCGGAGAACAUACUCUGCGGUGACAGCCUGACAGAGAUCAAGAUUGCAGACUUUGGACUGGCAAAGCUCGUUUGCCCGGACGAGGUCAUGAAAGUGCCUUGUGGCACGCUGAACUAUGUGGCGCCAGAGGUGCUAGCCCUUGCGGGUUAUGGCCGUGAAGCCGAUCUUUGGUCCCUCGGAGUCAUCAUGUAUCUACUACUGCGAGGCGAGCUGCCUUUCAAUGGAAAGACCAAGGGCGAUGUCAUCAAGAAGACGUUGCACGCAGUUGUUGAUCUCGAAGCGGAUCCAGCUUGGAGACGUUUGUCCAGCGCAGGAAAAAAGCUCUUGCGUGGUCUGCUCACGAAAGACCCUGCGAGUCGUCUUACGGCUCAAGAUGCCUUAGGGCACGACUGGUUUUCCAAUUGA